AUGCUAGUAUCCUACGCUGCUACUAAUGCUACUAUUGGUUCUACUGCUGCUAAUAGUAGUGGUACCGCUCCCCAAGUCGCGUCUCCAGCUGUCGUAACUCCUAGUCCGCGAGGGAAUGCCGGCGCCUCGGGUGCUGCUACUAACUUUUUCGCCAUGCAUCGCCUCCCCAGCCCGGCUGCUCCGCUGCCUGCCCCUAAGUCCGCCACGUCAUCGGCUACCUCCAAGACAGCAGGUCCUGUCCAGCUAGGCCUAGACAUCCAGAGCCCGCGGGGAGUGGCGGCGCUCGGAAGCUUCCAGAGUCCGCGCGGGCGGAAGAAGCCGUCCGCCGCGCAGCCGUUGCGCACCCCCAGCGCAUUGGCGCGGCUCCCCCUCCCCGCAUCUUCCGCCGCCGCCUCCUUCGCAGCCUCCGCCCCUCCCGUCCCCUCCGCCGCUUCCGCCUCCUCCGCCUACUCUAUCCCCGUCGGCGCAUCUUCCAUCUCCCCCUCCACCCGUUCCGCCUCCCCCUCCGCGGCUUCCGCGUCCCCCGCGGCGCAUUCCCCCGGCACCAACCAACCCGCGGAAAACCCCUCCAGAAAUGCUUCCCCGCGAACCGGCGGCGGCGCUACGCCCGCGCAGGUGGCGCAGGUCGGUUCCGCCACUCCCUCCCCCGCCGCUACGCCCACCGCUGCCGGCGCUGGCGGAGUCCCCGGCGCUUCGCCGACUGCGGAGACCGCGGCGGAGGCGGUUCCCCUUCCGCUGCCAGCGAGUGGCGAGAUCGCCGCGCGAGCAGCUGCUGGGGGGAGCGCGCAACCCGCGAGCCCCGCGGGUGGCGCGGGCACGGGGGGCGCGGGGAGCGCGGGGGGCGCGCGGGCUGUGUUUCCGCCUUCCCCCAGCGCCGCCCCCUUGGGUGUGAGUGAGUGGGGAGUAGGCGGAGGGGGGGAGAGAAAUGUGGGGUCGUUAGGGAGGCGUCGGGAAGAGGGGGUGCAGCAGAUGGCGUGGGGGUUUGCGGAGGAGGGUAGAAUCGGCGAGGGCGGGUUCGGCGUGGUGUACAAGGGGAAUUUACCCACGAAAAGCGGGCGCAAGAUUCCUGUGGCUGUGAAAGUGCUGAAUGCGGAAGGGCAGCAGGGCGAGCGCGAGUGGUUGACUGAAGUCAGCGUGUUGACCCAUCUCAUCUCUCCCACCCCAACCUCGUCUCUCUCGUGGGUUACUGCGCGCGCCACCACCACCGCAUGCUCCUCUACCCCUCUCUUCUCUUACCCAAACCCCCCGGCCUCUCUUCCCCUUCCCAUGUCCCCCUCUCCUGCUCCCCGUCUCCCCGUCUCCUCCUCUUACUAA